AUGGGAACGGAGAAAAAUGCAUUGGCAAUGUCAAUUGUGGCGUACCACUUUGCUGCCUUGGACUCCAGCUCGUACUGGAGCUCCAGCAUGUCUGGCACGGCAGCACUCAGAGUUCUUACAGGGUUCCGCAGUGCUGAAAGGCUGAUCCCAUCCGGGCUCCGCACUGGGGAAUUGCUCGUCCUGCCCCUCGGCUGGGCCGCCUGGUCUCCCCACAGCCGCGCGGGCGGUGCCACCGCGACAUCGGCCCCAGCCAGCGCCUCUCCUCAUGCGGGGCACCGAGAAGGAGAAGCUGCUGCCGCCGCCCCUCUUCGCCCUUCUGUUCGCAGCACGGCCGGCGGAAAGCGGCCAAGCAGGCACAGCUCUCUGCGAGCCCUGCCUGCAGGGUGCUCGCAGCUCUGGCCCUGGCUGCAGGGUGUUGGCUGCGAGGCCACUGUGGCACCAGGAUGGCCCUGGUGGCACGGUCCUGGCGCACAGACCUUUCCUUCUUUUCGGAGAUACAAAUGCAGAUUUUUUUUUCCUAUGGAAAAUGUCAGCAAACCAAAUUAUUGGCUUAUUCCACUUCUUACAUGGAUAUCAAUAAACACAGAUUCCCAGAUGGUGGCCAAGGAAGGAAUUGGAGUUCCAUGCACAAAACUCCUUGGAGGAUAUCUUUGCUCAGUUUUCUGUACUCUUCAACUACACCAAGCAAGACCACCAAAUGGAUUCCUACUGUUCUGGUUCUGCAAGGAAGAACACGACUAUUCCACAAUCAGGAGCAGGCAUAUGUCAGCUACACAGUGCAAACGAGACUAAGAACUCGCUUUGGUCUUUGGGGAAGUUUUGGAGGUAGCCAAGGGGUAGCCUCGGCACGUGCAGCUGUUCCCUGUCCAUGGUACUGGGAUAGAUCCCAUUCACGGGUACCAGUUUGAAUCCCUCACUCUGAUGAGAAAACACUGCUGUUCCUGAGAUUUGUUACUGUCCAGUAAAUGUUAUAAAAUUGCAUUACUGCCG